CGUUCUAAAAUCUUUUUGAAUCCUAACCAAAUUCCUUCUUUUUAUAAGCCCAACAGAAACCCUAAAAUUUUCAAUCACACAAAUUCAAGAGAGAAGAGAGAAACGACCAAACCAAAGCAAUUCUCAGAGUUUCCUCUUCCUCUUUUAAUUGAUUUCAUUACUUUUUCCCUUUAAUUCAAAUCAAAGAAUUAGAUUCGAUUUUCAAAGAAACAAUGGCGGCAAUUAAUGAGUACCAAGGCAACACUCCGGUGACCGCUCCUACUCCGGCAGGGAACGCAUCGAAACAGUCUGUCCCCGUGGCUAAGUCCGUUGAUACUCAAUCCGUGCUUAAACGGUUACAGUCUGAAUUAAUGGCAUUGAUGAUGAGUGGGGAAUCUGGAAUUUCUGCGUUUCCGGAGGAAGACAACAUAUUCUGCUGGAAAGGAACAAUUACAGGAAGCAAAGAGACAGUUUUUGAAGGGACUGAAUACAGAUUAUCUCUGUCGUUCCCAAAUGAUUACCCUUUCAAAUCUCCAAAGGUUAAAUUUGAAACCAGUUGCUUCCAUCCUAAUGUUGAUGUUUAUGGCAACAUUUGCUUAGACAUUCUUCAGGAUAAAUGGUCAUCAGCUUAUGAUGUCAGAACAAUACUCUUAUCCAUCCAGAGUCUACUUGGAGAACCAAAUAUAAGCUCACCUCUAAACACUCAAGCAGCUCAAUUAUGGUGUGAUCAAGAAGAAUAUAGAAAAGUGGUGGAGAAGUUAUAUAAGCCUCCAAGUGCAUGAUUCUGAGAAGGGAAUUGUAGUUUUUAUUUCUUGUUCUUUUUUUACUGCUCCAGUGGAUGUAUUUUCUAUUUUUUUAAUGCUACAAAUGGUCCUUCUCUUAAGAAUUAAAUUGAUAUCAUUGUACUGAUUCUUUUAUAAAAGUUCAUCUCUUUGCAAUUUUAAA